AUGCUUCCUCCAAUUCCAGUUCUUGCAGACUACGGGAUCUCCCCAGAUCAUGGGUUUCUCCCCUCCGAGCUACCGCUGGUUGCUCUUCCGGAUCCUUACUACGCCAAGUGGGAGGCCAUAGUGUCGAAUUUGCAGGCCCUCCUGCUCAGCAAGAGAAUCCGCAGCACCGUUGACCGGCUCCCGGUUCUCUCAACCUCAUACCUGUACAACGAGAACGAGUGGAGAAGAGCAUAUGUUGUUCUGACGUUCAUCCUUCACGGGUAUGUUUGGGGUGGCGACAGGCCUGAGGAGGUCAUCCCCCCCCAGAUCACUACCCCCCUGUUACAGGUCUGUGAACAUCUCGAAGUGCCGCCUGUCGCGACCUACGCCUCGGUCUGUCUGUGGAAUUACAAGCCAAUCUUCCCGGAUGAGCCCGCUGACACCCUGGAAAAUCUGGCGUCUAUCAACACCUUCACUGGAUCUCUGGAUGAACACUGGUUCUACCUCGUCUCAGUGGCCAUUGAGUCCCGCGGGGCCCCCUCGAUCCCCCUAAUGCUGCAGGCUAUUGCUGCAGCUCGCGCUGGCAACAGCGAAGUCGUGACCAAGUGCCUGCAGGCCCUGGCAGAGGUGAUCGACGACGUCUGCGAUCUCUUCCAACGCGUCUACGAGAACUGCGAUCCCCAUGUCUUCUAUCACCGCAUCCGACCCUACCUGGCAGGCAGCAAAAAUAUGGCCGACGCAGGUCUACCCAAUGGCCUUCUCUACGACGACGGCACUGGAAAGAAGACCGAGUAUCGUCAGUACGGAGGUGGAAGCAAUGCCCAAAGCUCUCUCAUCCAGUUCUUUGACAUUGUGCUGGGCGUCGACCAUCGGCCUACUGGCGUGACGAAGAGCGACACGGCAGUGCCGUCCAGCCAGCCUCGCCACAAUUUCAUCCACGAGAUGCGCGAGUACAUGCCUGGCCCUCAUCGGCGCUUCCUGGAGCAUGUCAACUCUGUCGCCAACAUUCAAGCCUACGUCAAGAGCCACCAGUCGGAUCGGGUGCUGUGCAUCGCCUACGAUGCCUGUCUGGCCAUGCUGCGGAACCUGCGAGACAAACACAUCCAGAUCGUCUCCCGGUAUAUUGUUGUCAAGUCCCGGGAGGCUCGGUCGCAGUCAUCCUCCGUCAGCAACGGCUUGUCGAUGAACCGCCCGGGAGCCAUGAACCUGGCGACCGUCCACCACGGGGAUAGCAGCAGCAACAAGAAACUAAGGGGCACCGGCGGGACCGCGCUGAUCCCGUUUUUGAAGCAGGCGCGCGACGAAACGGGAGAACCCGCCAUCAACAGCUGGGCCAAGCGUUUGUUGACCAACGGGCCGGGCAAGCCCGCGUUUGCCUCCACUGCCACCGACAACUCUUCCACCCUCAAGUCGUACAUCGACCAGGGAACCGGCUACGCGCAGCGCAUCAUCGGGUCUGUAACAGGCAACUCUUCUCAAGAGACUGCCGGCGCCGCAACCCACGAACAAGGCAAAGCCGAACAAACCGCCUCACACACGACCGCCAAACUCGGCCCCGUAACAGUCGACCCUAACACGGGCGCGACCGCAACAGACGACCCGAACCGAUCAACCGGACAAUGGGACCAGACCGUGGGUUCUGCCAAAGAAAGCCUGGGCAACCUGAUUGGCAACGACAGCCUGCGCCGCGCGGGACAAGAGCAGAACGCCGCGGGAAAGGAGCAAGAGGCACGCGGCCAGCUUAAAGACUGGAGCGGGGGGGUUACUGAUCGGGCGGCUGGGGCGUUGGGAUCCGUUGGUGCGGCGAUCGUGGGAGAUCGUGAAGAGGAGCAGAAGUGGAGGGAUGUUCAUGAUGAGGGGAAGACGAGGCAGAGGGGGGCUGAGGCGGAUAUUCAGCGGAGGGCAUAA